UGCUUACAGUUCGGCCUGGGAAAUCUAAAUCGAAAAUAUUGUGACUGAAAAUCAGUCGACUCUCCACGCUUAAAACUUCUUGGAUGCAGACGGUUUUGAGUUUUGACUAAAUCCUUUUUCCGCGUAAAUAUAUACAUGUUUUCCUUGUGUUUGUCUAAAUCCAUUUUUCGUUCCAUUGCGAACGAAUUAUUUAUGUUACUGCUGGUCGAGUAUUGUUGCACUCUUGGUUUUCUAUUCCAACAGCUACUGUAAUACAAAUGCCUAGAGUAACUUCAUAUUGAAACAAUUUACUGACUGUUUGCGCGCCUUCGAUGGAUGUCCCGACUCCCGACCAAGCUCCGACUAUAAGUCCCGAAGGCUCUACAGAGUAUGCUGUGUCUGGUGGGCAGAAAGCAUCAUAGCUGUGCUAGCCGUGUAAUAUAUUAAAAUGUCCGAGGAUACCAGAAAAGGAACAUUGGACGGUAAGAACCGCUUGGUGAGAAUGGAGAAUGAUUCGCUGCUGGAAAGUCAAGGCCCCAUCACGCCGCUGGACGUCAUCGACCGACUGCAUGAACGGACGCCUCCGGAGGAGAACGUGCAGGACAAGCCGUUCGUCUUCGUCAAUCCGACGGAUCGGCUGGAUUCGCUGGUGUCCAACGUUUUCUACGACUGGAAUCUCCCCUCGCCCGAUAUUAUCAUCAGUCUCAUCAGCGGGACACGCUCUUAUACGGCCUGGAAGCACGGGGAUCACCGGGCCGCCCUGCAAAAGGGAAUAAUAAAGUUGAUAAAAGCGACAGAAACAUGGCUGAUCGACAUUGGGCUGGAUUAUGGCUUAUCGAAGACGAUCGGUGACGCGGUACGCAAUGAGCAAUCCUUCCGGCGUUCGGUCGACCGGAAGGAGGUGUUCGCGCGCGGCUACUUCAAGCGGCGACGUCACGGCAUUACAUUGUUUGGUAUCGCACCUGUUGCUGUUCUCGAAGGAUACGAGACAGAUGAUGACAGUUUGGACAAUUAUGCGCAUCGUCAGGAUAAAUUCGGUUUGAAUGCCUCACACACUCACUAUAUUUUCGUCAAUGGCAAAUAUAAAGAGGCCAAAAAAUUCCGCGUCACAGUCGAACGCGAACUGGCACGGCAGGCAGCAUUGCGAAGAAGCCCGACUCUCCUGCAAGAAAAAAAAACGCCGGAAAGCGACGUGAAGAUGACCGUUAUUCACGAGGCGGUACCGCUAUUGGCUAUUUUAAUCCAGGGCGAUCAUGUGGAGUUGGACCAAGUGUUAGAGUAUCUGCGCAAUGGGUUUCCGGUGCUAAUUAUCAGAGGAACUGGGUUUUUGGCGGAUGUGCUUGCUUUUGCUUUUGAGGAGGGCAAAGACAGACUUACUGCAUCAAAAGACCUGGAGCAACUGAAAUCAGAGUUAUCGAAGAAGCUAUCGCGAUCCUUCUGCGAGGCGUGCAUGCAGUCCGACACCGACCGCAUCGUCAUUCGCGAUAAGAUCGUGGAGUGUGUGCAGCUGGCAGUGCAGGAUGACUGCCGGCUGAUCACCAUAACUGAUUCCAGUGACGAUCUGGUCGACAUCCAGGAUUCGGUGCUGACGGCUAUCUUCGCAUCCCGUAACAAAUCGAUGAAUUCAUCGAAAGAACAGCUCAGGUCUGAUUUCCUCCUGACCAUGCGAUUAAAUAAGCCGGGACUGGCAGAGUCAAAAGUCUUAGCGCGUGAUGAAGCGGGUGUAUUCCAGGUGGAUAACCAGUUGUUCGAAAAAGCUUUGAUCUGGAAAGAUCGCGAACAUUUUAUUGAGCGCUUUCUGGAUGAAGAUUUCUGUAUUCAUAAAUUUCUCAACCAUUCCGUCCUACUGCGACUGUUCCGACGUGGGGAGGAUAACGAAUUCUUUAUCACUGUGGUGUGGGAGCAGCUACCCCGGCAUCAUCACGAUUUUCAAGUGGACGAGUCAUUCGUUACGAUCGGGCUGAAUGUCAUUGUCCAGAAACUGACAGGCUUGACGGAUUAUGUCAGUAUGUUUGAACUGACGUCCAGCUUCUUGGGUCGCUAUGUGGAGGAUGAAUACACUGCUGAACGUAAAGCGAUGAACGCACUGAUGUUGUGGGCACUGCUAAUGAACCGCUUCAAUCUGCUACGUGUUCUGUGGAAGUUCUGCGAAAAUCCCAUCCCGACGGCGCUCUUCAUCAGCGCCAUGUACCGUGGUCUGGCCAAGCACUGUUCGGCGCCGUCGCUAGUCAGUCAGAUCACCGCCAACAGCAGGACUUUCAGCGGUAUGGCCAUCGAUGUGCUGGACAUGAGCUAUAAGGAGUCCCACGCCCGCACUUUCGAUCUACUAAACCAACGGUUUACCGAUUUCAACGACAAGACUGUCCUCAAACUGGCCUACAUGUCCAAAAAUAAGUAUUUUUUGUCACAUGAAGCCUGCCAAGUAUGGCUGAAUUGGUUGUGGAACGGCGGUAUUGAAAUAACCGAAACCUGGGAGUCACGCAUUCCGGAGGAAGUCAAACUGAUUUUGUCGGCCCUCUUCAUCUUUCCUAUCUGCGCGUGGAUUCGGUUUCCCGUGAAGAAUUUUGCGCGACAUAAGUUGGAAUCAAUGGAGGCGCCGGCUGGCGACGUGACAGACAGUAGUCGCGGACCCUCCUAUUCCGUGCGACAGGAGGCGGGCGACCGUUUUCACAUCUACCCGGCUGCCAGCGCUCAGAGCGAAAACACAGAGCGCUUGCUACUGGAUUUGAAAACACUGGAGAGCCGGUGCAAAAAGAAAGCGUCAUACCGUUCCAUCCUGCCGAAAUCCUCCAGCCAUGGUUCGUACGUUAACGGAAUGGCUUUUUGGAAGAAAGUCUACUAUCUGUGGACGACACCGCGGACCAAAUUCUGGAUGUCGCAAGUAUUCUACUGGGUUUAUUUGGGUUUGUUCUCUUUCGCCACUAUCAUGCCCACCUGCAACGACUAUGAUCUGGAUGUGGCGGUAGUCAUCUGGACCUUCUUUAUUCUUUUGGAAAUUCUUCUCAGAACGGUGACGCAGAGCCGGCAUGGCUUUCCGGUGAACUUAUUCCGCCGAGCGUUGGAGAUUGUGUUUAUGAGCUCAUUUGUUUUGUUCGUCUCUAUCAUGAAACUGCAGUUUGGAUUAUUGCGUCCCCAUUACAUGCGAGCAUGGAUGGCAGUUGGUCUGCUGUACAUGUAUUACAGGAUGAUGUCAGAAUUUUUCCCUAUGAACGCCGUGCUUGGGCCGAUGUUGUAUCGUAUCAAACGGAUGGUUUGCGUUGAUUUUUUCCUCUUCGUCCGCUUAUCCAUGCCUUUUGUGUUAGCCAAUAUGUUUGCUCUGCAAGCUGUGAUGUAUCCGGACCUUCCGCUGGGUGCAGAGACCAUUCGCAAAGGGUUCUACCGAGCAUUCUUUACGCUUUUUAUCUCCUUUGUUUCGGAAAUCGACCGAAAAGAGGACUGCGAGGAAACGCGAUUGACCAAUACGACGGACAUGUGCUGGGUCGGCGAUUAUGCCAAUCCUCACUGCCCGCAUAUUGGAUUCUCCACAUAUGCCCUCAAUAUCCAGUUCCUAGUUAUUAUGCGGUUAAUCCUUGUCGUCCUGCUUAACGCACUUUUUGCUGCCACGAUGAUCAAGGUGAAAGAGGACGCUGAACACAUUUUUAAGUACGAGCGCUACGGCACCGUGCUGGAUUUCGCCUCGCGGCCAGCGUUGCCGCCACCAUUAACGUUUUUCAAUUACCUCUUCAACGGAACCGUGCUGGUUAUGUCCAAGUUCAAUCGCAUGAACGAUCGGCAGAAGGCGAAUCUGACGACACUGCGCAUGGUGAAACUUAUCGAGAAGAAAGCCGCCGAGAAGCGUUCAACCAAUUCCUACAGUUACUGGAUGGGACUGACCAAGGAAUAUUACCGCAAAAAGGUCAAGGAGGAUAAGGAGAAGAAAGCCAUGCAAGAGAAUAUCACCCGGUUGAAGAGUAUGGCAGAAGAGCAGAAAUUGGCGAAGAAUCUGAUCAACCGACUGAGUGACAAGAUAAAAGAAGGGGAACAGAAAUUGAUCGCUUACAUGGAGUCUAUCAAGAACGGAAUGGAACGGAAAGAUAUUCCCAAAGAAAGCCAAUCGUGCGUUAACGUACUCAGUCGGGUUUCGCCCUAUCCCGGGACGGACAUCAAACGCUACUUGGUUGCCGAUCACGAUGUCCUGUGGCCGGUCAAGAUGGACAUCUAUGAGCCACCGUAUUACUCAAAACCAGUGGAAGAUUUCCCGACUGAUGAGCAGCCUUUUACCGAUCCGGUCAUCACUGUUAACAUUAACGCUUUAUCCACCGAUCCACUGCUGCGCUGCUGGAAUUCUACAUGUCUGGUCGGGGACAUAUUUGUCGAUCGGCGGAGUAUCUUGAAAGGGCUUGACGGGGAAAAUUUGAUGUAUGGACUGGCUGAAAAUGGACUGCCUCGAAAUCCCGUGGGACGAACCGGAUUGUGUGGCCGCGGCUGCCUGCACCGCUACGGACCAAAUCAUCGCGUGAAAACCGUGGUAUCACGUAUGAAAGAUGGGAAGCUGAUGGUGCUAGUGGCUAAGGGAUAUCCGGCGGAAGUUCCCGUCCUUUUUCCUAAAAUCGCGCUGACGGGAGGAAAAAGCGUUUUCGAAGCUGUCUGCGAGAUAUUCGCCUCCAUGUUGGUACCGGUGGAGGAUAUGGAAGCCAAGGGAACGCAGUGGGAAACACCCUAUAGUGUGGAAGAGAUGCAUUCGGCGUUGCAAGCGAUGGCAAGUGAAGGGGCGGAGACAAACACGGAUCACUGUCUGGAGAUUGAGGAAAUUUACGGCGGCUACCAAGACGAUCCCAAGAACACCGACAAUGCCUGGCUGGAGCUCUUCGUCUGGCACGUCCACAUUUUACCGGACGCGGCCUUCGCGCGCCAGCGCCACGAGAAAUAUGUAUGGAAGGAACCCGUCACCAUUCGCAACGCCAGUCCCAUGGAGGAACGCAUCCUGGAGAUGGUCGUAAACAAGAAAGGCUCGGAAGACUGAUUUGAAUUUAAUAUUGCCCUGAAUUUUAUUUUCCCGGUGUGUUUCAGUUUUUUACUUGUUUGCUGUUGAAAAUUUGUUGUGUUUCGAAGCUGCAGCCGGUUAAAAGUGUUUUAUGUGAGGCACCUGGGGAUUUGUUUCUUUUUCCGACUGGCCGCUUCAUUCUGACGGUAAAAUAACUCAAAUUGUUAGAAAAACUGCGUAACACCAGUUAACAAUUCUACUUCCCCCUAGCUAUACGCUUGAGUAUGCGCCGAUGCGGGGUAGUUUGCUCAAUAUAUUUCUGACAUCUUUUAGCAACUAGGAAAAUGCACCGAUUGGUUCACU